AUGAGAAUUGGAUUGGGUAAUCUACGAAACUUUUCAACGCACGCACGUAAACUAGAAUCCUUAUCGCGUGAUUUCAGGACGGAUACGAUAACAGCUCCGACUGAUGAGAUGCUCGCCUAUGCAUUAGCACAUGCGUCGCGUGGUGACGAUGUAUACGGCGAAGACGAGAGCACGCAGAAGUUCGAACACAAAAUAGCUCGUAUGACUGGAAAACAAGCUGCUAUGUUCUGCGUAUCGGGUACAAUGUCCAACCAGGUCGGUUUGCGCACCCACCUAACGCAGCCGCCACACAGCGUUUUGUGCGAUGCCCACGCUCAUAUUUACAAAUACGAGACGGGUGGUGUAGCAUUCCACUCCCAGGCCCAGAUAACUCCCGUCGAGCCGGUGAAUACACACCAUCUCACUCUGCAAGAUGUACAGAGCCAUGCUGUGCUAGAUGAGGAUCUCUGCUCUGCUCCUACGCGCGUUGUUAGUCUUGAAAAUACAAAGAAUGGCCUCGUUUUCCCUCAGUCGGAGAUGGUGCGCAUAAGCGAUUGGGCUACUAGACAAGGUCUCAUUAUGCAUCUCGAUGGCGCGCGUCUUUGGAACGUGCAUGCGGCUACUGGCCUAUCCAUCAAACAGCUCUGCGAUCCUUUCCACAGCGUCAGUUUGUGUUUGAGUAAAGGUGUCGGCGCACCCAUCGGGUCCAUCCUCGUCGGCAGCGAGAAAUUCAUUGCCAAAGCUAGAUGGUUCAAGAAGCUGUUCGGAGGCGGUAUUCGUCAGUCAGGAUUCAUGGUCGAAUGUGCCGACUUUGCCAUUGAUAAACACCUCCCCCUCAUUAAGAAGACACACUCACAAGCCCAGACCCUAGCCAAGGGUUUCGAAGAACUCGGUAUUAGGAUAUUGUCGCCGGUGGAAUCAUCCAUGGUCUUUUUCGACUGCACCUCCAUUGGAGUGACGCUCGAAGAGUUUAUUCAGCACGUCAACAGCCAUGCUGAUAUUGUUAUCGGAUCUAACAGGAUCGUAGUACACCAUCAAAUUUCCGAUACGGCAAUCGAACAACUCUUAGAAGCUGCAAGGAGCCUGGCGCAGCUGAAAAGAUCCCCGCUUGCUUCCACGGCUGGUCAAUUUGGUCAAAUUUACCAACGUCGCACGUAA